CUGUGGUCGAUUCUGGAAAUCCAGCAGUAAACCACCUGCUUCUUGUUUCUUGAAAAUAAAUAAUGUGGCCAUGUGUUUAUUUUACUUAUUUGUUGAGUGUAAUAAUUAUUUGUGUAUCUCAUUAGUAUUUUGGGGUUAAAAGUUUAAUUGGGCAGAAAUUUACAGAAAACUUGGGUUUUUGUUAUUUUCUUCUUUAGUUGAUGAGAAAUAAACUGGUGAGACUGACACAGCGGUGCCAACAUCACAGAAUGGUCACCCCCUGUUUCUUUAAAGUAUUACCGUUUGUUUGAAAUGAUGUUGAAUGCGACCGUUGUUCCAAAACUGGCCUUCGAGUUACUCCAAGAAACAGAAAAAUCGUACAAAGGCCAAAAAAAACUACCCAACGAGACCCUCACACAGUUGCACUCAUUUUUCGGCUCUACGCUUUCUCAAGCAAGCGAAUUACUCGAAACUUGCAAAAUUACCAAAUACGAGACUAAAGACAAGACUCGCAGUAUUUACAAAGUCGGAAGUAACUUGGAAAGAUACACGAUUUAUAACGAUAUCAAUUUUUGCCAAUGUCAAGCUUUCCAGUCGCAAGUUUUAGAAGACAACACCAGUCUGACAUGUAAACAUGUAUUAGCUUUGAAAUUAAACCAAAUCACUGAUGUUAUUAAAGUCAAAACUGAAACUGUGACCGAUUCACAAUUUGUGGAGUUUUUACAUGAACAAUUGAGUAGUCUUAAGGAGUAGACAGUGAAAUAAAACAUAUCAUGACGUAUAUAACAUAUAUUACAGUUUUUAGGGGGAGGGGUACACUUCUGAAACAUCUAUUGUCCUUAUUUGAUUUUUUUUCAAAUAGUGACCAUGUCUUAAAGCAGCUUUGAAAAAAAUAAGAGCAGAAACAUAUGAAGAUAUGAUCACUAUUUUAUAAUACUGACUUUUAUUUUGUGAAACAUUGUUUUUUAAACAAAACUGUACUGAUUUUCAACAGCUCUUGCUUCAGAAAUUUGUUCCAGUGUUGUUUCCUGAGUUCGUACACUCCCGUUAUGUGUUUGGACCUAAAAAAUGCGUCAGAUAAAGCCACGAUAAGGAUAACAUAUAAAAAAAUAAAACAAGCAGUAAAAUCAGUAAUUUAUUUUGUAUAAUUUGUACUAUUGCUAUGGAUAGUUUUGUAUUUUUAUAAAUAAAAAAAUAAAUGAACUUAAAAAUAAA